AUGUUCCGUGCUCAGCCUUACAAGACAAAGCGCCAGCGUCGCAAGCGGCGCAAGAGAAGUAUGUCGCACAGGGAAAAGCGAAAGCAGCGUGUUCAAAUGCAGAGCCAUGUGAGGCCUUCAGUCCCCAAUUCAAAUACAGCAUGGUAUGAGCAAAAGCACGCUCACGCCAAAGCCUGGCAAGCGCGAGUGUACGUCAACCACUCAAGCAAUCGACAAGUAGGCCUCAAGCGCUUCGCCACCGACAUCGGCAGCCUUGUUUGGUCUCUUGCGGUCAAUCUCAAGGAGCACAGUUCCAUGGCGUUCGCGGGCACACGUCAACGGCAGCUAUUUAACCUCAGUCUUUCGAAAGUAACGGACAACAAACUUGCAAGUUGGCGCAAUUUGGGGUUUGCUUUCUCAGAUCAGGACGCCGACAGCCUGGAAUACGCUGGAAACAUGGGCAUAUCGCCCAGCAUUUAUCAAGAUGACUCUAAUUUUGGCCCUGCAGUCAAGUCUCGCAUCAGACAAAGCAUCACCUUUCUCCGCACUGAGAUGAACCCCCCGCGUCAGAAGCCUGGCAACUGCUGCGAGGACGCGAGUUGCGGGAUAUGCUGUGUGAAGAUAGAAGGUUGUUCGGCACAGCCCUUGAAGAGGAAGCAAUUGUCCGCCAGCUGCACCGCGAAGAGUUCUCAAACGACACAAGUGUUCAGGUCGGUGGUGAGGUAUUUCACCCACCUUAACAGACCUUCAAGAUCGACUCCAGCUUGUCGCAAACGGGAAAUCGAACGUGGUCAAAUGUCUCUGAGUACACGGUUGUGCUACUUUUGA